AUGAGUGAAAAUGGCUCGUCUAAGAAUGGAUCAAUGAGCAGAACGCAGAACUGGAUCGCAUCUACGAACGCGGCCCGCGGUGUGCCCAUCGCCUCCAAUGUUGAGAGCCAGAUCGAACCGACCAUGCACGCUGGUAAAAUGCAACUAUGGAACCCAGCAGUUGCACGGAUUGGUAGUACUCGCUCAUCGCUACCAGAGCCUAAUCCCCCUGAUCCAUUCCCAGCACCGGAGUCCAUGCUGAGCUACAACGUAGAUCCACCGGCUUUGAGUGCCGGAAUGCAACAGUUAGCUCUCGGCACAACAAGUCAAGCUCCAUUACAGGAACAGUAUCAACCCAUCCCAAGGGUUGAACCUUCGCGACGGGUUUCCAUGGCACAGUUGCCUUAUUCAGGUAGAGUGGCUGCACCUACCAUCGUCCACAGCUCGGAAGAAGAUCCGUUGCAUCGGUUCUCACGUAACCCACCGGUUCCAGAGUAUCAACGAUUUGUCCCAGUCUCGAGCCGGCAUUCGGUUCAUCAGCAAAAUCAUCCUCAUUCAUCUACGUUGCGAGGCCACCAACUCUACAAUCAAGAUCAAGAGGAAGUAGCUGAACCGUAUUCGAUCUCACGCCAGCAGUUGGCCGCCCGACAAGCUAUUUCAAAGGAUCUUCCAACCUUUUCUGGAAAUCCAGAAGAGUGGCCUCUGUUCCUAUCUACCUUCAAUAGCACCACCGCUCUGUGUGGAUUCACCAAAGAGGAAAAUAUCGUCCGCUUGCAGCGAAGCUUGAAGAGUCGAGCGCAUGAAGCAGUCAAAAGCCGGCUGCUACAUCCAUCGAACGUCAGCGGGGUUAUGUCGACGCUCAAAAUGUUAUUUGGGCAACCGGAGGUGAUCGUCCAUUCCAUGAUGUCUAAAAUCAACUCCCUUCCCGCAUUGAGGGAGGACAAAUUAGAAGCCAUCGUAGAUUUUGCCGUCAGCGUUGAAAACUUCUGCGCAACCGUCGACGCAUGUGGAUUAGAAGAAUACUUCUACAAUAUGACCUUCCUUCACCAACUCGUCAACAAGCUUCCACCAUCGAUCAAGUUAAAUUGGGCGCAGUACCGAUUAUCGCUACAUACGGUCAAUUUACCGUCUUUCAGCAGCUGGCUCUACUCUCUAGCAGAAGCUGCUAGCGCUGUUACCAUUCCGAACACCACACUCGAAUCCAAAACUCUGCGUAACGACUCACGCACAGCCAAGAAGAGCAACUCCUUCGUCAAUGCUCACACCCAGGAAGUAUCAAAAGGCCAUCGCUUCGCAGCGCUAUCCAACGUGAAAACUGCAGCCGAUAGCUGCCUAGUUUGCAAAGGAAGCUGCAAAUCGAUCACCAAAUGCACACGUUUCCUGGAGUUCUCUCGCGAUUCUCGCUGGGCGACGGUUCGAGAUCUAGGGCUCUGUCGCCGGUGUCUACGCCAACAUAAGGGUGGAUGUCAAGCCAAAUUGUGUGGGAAGAAUGGCUGCGAGUUGAAGCAUCACGAAUUGCUGCAUAAUGACCAGAAGAACACAUCGCUGCCGUUGAAUACUUUAUCGACCGACACAAGCAAAUUAUCGCCGAUCCAGCGUCAAGAACCUAUACCAGCUCCGAACUUGGGCGAGCACGGAUGCCAUUCCCAUCGGAUUACCACUAGUCAGGUGUUGUUCCGCUACCUACCCGUAGUGCUGCAUGGUAAACACCGAUCAAUUGAAACAUUCGCCUUCCUGGACGACGGGUCCGAGCUCACCUUGCUCGACAAGGAACUGGCGGAUGAGCUACAACUUGAGGGAGAUGCGGCCCCGCUAUGCUUGCUUUGGACUGGAGGAGCGAAGCGUCGAGAGGACGACUCAAAGAAUGUCAAGCUUGAGAUAGGUUCAAAACACGACUCCAAGAUGUACACCAUGCAAGGGGUACGCACAGUUGCUGAAUUACUCCUUCCGACACAGUCUCUAAAUGUCGAAGAGUUGUCUGAGCUAUAUCAACAUCUCAAAGGUCUUCCGAUCACCUCCUACCAAGAUGUCCGGCCAAGAAUUCUCAUCGGAAUGAAGGAUCAGCACCUCAGCCUUGUUAAAAAGAGCCGCGAGGGUGCACUGCACGAGCCGAUCACUGUUAAAACGCGGUUAGGUUGGACAAUUUGUGGUGGAGGGAGUCACAACAACGCCACCAAUUUAGUACACUCUGUGUUUCACAUCUGCGCCUGCGGCCCGUCUUCGGACGAGGACCUACAUAAAAUGAUGAAGGAAUACUUCGCAGUAGACAGCCUGGGAGUUGUUCAGCCGAAGAAACGUCUCGUCUCAGCAGAAGAAGAGCGGGCGCAGAAUCUGCUCGAAGACCGCACAGUGCUGAAGGGAAAACGCUACGAAACUGGCUUGUUGUGGCGCUACGACAAUGUUCGGCUGCCGGACAGUUUUCCGAUGGCCCUCCGACGACUGCAGUGUCUCAAGAAAAGAAUGGAUAAAGACUUCCAACUAGCGGACGCCCUCAACAAGAAGAUAAUCGAUUUCGUCAAAAAGGGCUAUGCGAGGAAGGUCACCGAUGAAGAACGUUCCAAAAACUUCCCCCGGACGUGGUAUCUACCUAUGUUUCCGGUAACGAACGCCAAUAAGCCAGGCAAGAUCCGUAUGGUGUGGGAUGCCGCUGCAGUAGCCCACGGAAUAUCCCUUAAUUCCGCGCUACUCAAAGGACCGGAUCAACUCAGCGAGCUGUUUACCAUACUGGUACAAUUCCGUGAAGGCCGGGUCGCUCUAACUGGAGAUGUGCGCGAAAUGUUCCUGCAAGUGCUCAUGCGUCCGGAAGACCAGCAGUGCCAGAGGUUCCUCUGGUAUGAUGAAGAUGGGACCCUCUCUAUAUACGUUCUCCAGGUGAUGACAUUCGGGGCCUGCUGCUCCCCUAGCAGCGCCCAGUUCGUGAAAAACCUAAACGCCGAGCGCUUCAAGGGGGAUUAUCCAGCGGCGGUUGAAGUGAUCCAGAAACGGCACUACGUUGACGACAUGCUGGUGAGUGUGGCAACAGAGAAAGAAGCUGUCGAACUCGCAUUGCAAGUGAAAGAGGUACACGCAGCUGGUGGCUUUGAAAUCCGUAAUUGGAUCAGCAACUCCAAACGCGUCGCUGAGGCCUUAGAGGAAAACAACACUGAAGAAAAGAACCUCGAUCUUUCACCGGAAUUAGCCACGGAGAAGGUGCUUGGUAUGUGGUGGUGCACCGACGUAGACACCUUUACCUACAAGGUUGGGUGGGACCGAUACGGCCGAGCGCUGCUGGAGGGCCAACACCGGCCAACAAAACGACAAAUGCUGCGUGUACUUAUGUCCGUGUUCGAUCCGCUUGGGUUAAUUGCCCAAUUUCUAAUGUAUUUGAAAAUACUGCUUCAGGAAGUCUGGCGUUCCGGCAUCGGCUGGGAUGACCAAGUCAAUGAAACCAUUUUCGAAAGAUGGCAAACCUGGCUCAAAGUCCUUCCUACAAUUGAAAAGAUCAGCAUUCCUCGGUGCUACAUCAGCGAGUCAAGCACGCACGUCGAAAGGCUCAGGAACCACCGACCUCGAACUCCGUCCUAG